GCAGUGGUGCAGAGGCCGGCCUGGGGAGUGCAGCCAGCUAGCCGUCGAAGUCAGUGCGACCAGCAGCAUGGCUCUCCUGAAAAAUUUUACUUUCGUAUUUUUCAUGACACUGGCCUUGUGGAUCAAUUGCUAUCAAGGUUUAAGUGUGGUCGAAUCAACUAUUUCAAAGUUUGACUGUUACGCUUCAACUGACUGCCAUGGUCACAUCUUAUUGGGAGCUCUGAGCAAAGGAAGUUGUUGUGCAGCGGGAAACAAUGGACUUUCAUUUUCGAGAUCUGGGAAAUGUGAAAAUUGUUUUUCUGAAGAUGCAUUCACAUCUCUUGGAACAGACUUCUAUGUGGCUUUUCCCAACAACCUGGAACUACCCCCUUUGUUUAGUAAUGCUAAUCUUAGACUCAAAAUUUCCACCUUUGAGACAGGUCCUACAAGUAUCGAGGUUAUUACAAUGUCUGGUGUAAGAAAAAGUACUAUUAUGGGCGAGUCUGUUGAAAUUGAAGUAAGAAAGGAACUCAAACUCACAUCUAUUUCAGAGAGAGAUAAAGGAUUGCAUAUAAAAAGUAAUGGAAAACCUGUGUCAGUUGUUGCUCUUUCAGAAGAAGGCUUUAGUGCUGACCUUUUCCUAGUGUUGCCACCAGUAUAUAUUCCUGAUCAGUAUGUGUACUAUGCAGUUUCAGUACGAAGAGAUAUAGUUCAAGAGGCCACCUUUAAUAGCGCUAUCCUUGUGGUGGCAACUGAAGAUGGAACAGUUGUGAUGUUAAGUCCUACCACGAAUGUUAGUCUCUCUUCAAUGUCUGAUAUAAACGGGACUGGUAUUGCAGGUCAACCAAUUUCAGUGAUUCUCAAUGAAACCAACACAUUAUAUGUGACCAGCCCUGAAAGUCUAUCAGGAUCAAAAGUUGUUUCAAACAAGCCUAUCACUUUCAUAUCAGGGCAUGAAUGUGGAAAUAUUCCAACAGGAAUAUCAUUUUGUGAUCAUAUGUUCGAACAAAUCCCUCCUACUUCUACUUGGGGAAUUGAAUUUUAUAGUGUGCCUCUCAAGACCCGAGAAAGUUUUGAUGUCAUAAUGCUUCUCGCCUCAAAAAGUGACACUAUGGUAACUUGUGUGUGUAAUCCACCUAUGGAAACCACUAACCUAAUCAUAUCGACAGCUGGUGGUGUUGUAUCUGUCAAUGUUUCUUCAGAACAAUAUUGUAGAUUUAUGAGCAACAAGCCAGUUCUUGUAGUUCAGUUGGCUGUUGCUUCUGGUGUGGACAAUGUGAGUGCUGAUCCUUUUAUGAUGAUAAUUCCGCCAUUUGGACAGUAUAGAAGCAAGUAUCUAAUACCAACAUUUGAGCCACAAUACGAAAGGAAUUUGUCCUACUUUGUCAAUAUUGUUUUAGUUACUGAUAAUCAAACUGAUAUUGAUUUUAUGCUCUUGGAUGAGUCCCGUGUUAGUGCUAACUGGACAGAGAUAUUUUGUGAUGUUAACGAGCAUCAUUGUGCAUAUGGUGCUCAGCUUGAUGUUAAUGUAUCAGACACGGCCUAUAUUCUCUCCCAUGUCAAUCCGGACGUCCUCUUCAGUGCAACUGUUUAUUCAUUUGGGAUGCGUAUUGGACAAGGGUUUGCUGCAGGCUUUAACCAGAAGCCUAUUGCCUUGCAUCGUGUAACUCUCAGUGCAAGUGUCUUUGAAGCUAAUGAGAGUGAUGGAGCUUUAGAAGUAAUGUUAAUGCUGCAACGAUCAUCAACUCUAUCAAACACUGUUAGCAUUAGACUCAAGACGAGGGAUCUCCAAGAGACAACUUCUGCUAUAGCUGAUGUAGACUACUUCCCAAUUGAUACUGAGGUUGUGUUUGAUCCUGAUGAGUCAUCAAAAUUGGUAUCCAUCAAUCUUCCGGAAGAUGAUGUUUUCCCAGAAGCUAAUAAAACUUUUGAAGUAUACAUCACUGCAACUCCAGGAGUUCUCAUCUCUCCAAUUGGUUUUGCUUAUGCCACUAUACUGAAUGAUGAUGAACCACUUCCAGUGGUGAAUAUCAGUUUUGGAAUAACAAGUAUAUCAGUGCUGGAGGGAAAUGGUUUUGUUGAGUUAGUUCUGACGAAAUCAGAAGGAGCUGUAGGAGCAGUCUCAGUAAAUCUUAAUACGGUAGAUGGGACAGCAGUUGCAGGAAUAGAUUAUGAACCACUGAGUACAGUCAUAACUUUUGAACAACAAGAUGUUAUGGCAACAGUUCGUGUUAAAGUGCUUAACAAUCCAGCAUUGCAGCAGAAGAGAAUGUUCAGUGCAGUGAUUGAAGUGACACCUGGGCUAAGGUUCCCUGCUCAAGUCAUAGAUUCGGUUGCCACAAUCAAUAUUGAUGAUGAUGACAUGAUAGUCAUUGGUGUAAAUCCAGUGACUCAGGAAGUUACUGAAGGAAGUAAUGCCACCAUCAAUAUGGAGAUUCUUUCUGGCUCACUAGAAAAGGAUGUGGUGGUGUCUUUGACCUCAGUUGAACAGAGUGCCAAAGGUGGAGAAGACUACAUGUCACCAAGGAGUAGUGUUACUUUUUCAAAGUCAAAGUCAUUUAACUCGGUAUUUAUCUCUAUUUUUAAUGACGAUCAACUGGAACUACCUGAGUCAUUUAGCAUUUCAUUGAGUCACCAUGAGGGGGAGAGUGUAUUAAUCCUCCCAAUAAAGUCAACAAUUUGGAUUUUGGAUAAUGAUGAUGUGGAAAUUGGCUUAGUGGUUAAUACUGCAACUGUGAGAGAAGGUGAUACUAUUCCAGUGACCGUCAGAGUAAUAAAUGGAGAUUUAAGUGUUCCUGUUGAAGUUUCACUGUCAACAUUGUCAAGGACAGCAAUAGAGGAUGAUGAUUUUGAAAGAAUUCAAGACAUGCGUUUAAUUUUUGAUGAAGACACAGUUGAGUACAACCUUACCAUUGCAACAUAUGAUAACCCCAUCAGUGUGGGCUCAAAGGAUUUUGCAGUUCAACUAAGUCUGAAAUCUGGAGCAAGAGUCAGGCUGGCACCGUCCACCAUGAGUAUUACAGUUUUAGACGAUGAUUCUCUACCCAGUAUGACGUGUCACCAAGAUACCAAGUGUUUGUCUGACAAUGGAAUUUCAGUUUCAUCUAUUGAUUUGUGUUGCAACCAGUUGAGGGGGAAAUCUGUUGAGUUCUCUGCAGCUCAGGGAACUUGUCAACCAUGUAUUAAUAUUGAUUUUAGUCGGUCGGAGUACAUUUUGCUUGAAAGUUUGAUGAAUAACACUGUGCCUGUGACAGUUACUGGUGGUAGACUUCCCAUUGAUACGGUGAUUGAAGUUAAUCCAGACGAAUCAUCAUCAAAUGCUGGGUUUGAGGAUUUUAAACUCUACAGCCCUACAAUUGAGCUUGGAAUGGGUUCCACUGGAAGUACUAUAAUGUUGGAAAUUGUACUUGAUGACUUUCGCAAUUCUGAAGAUGCUGUGGAAUCAUUUAUACUUCAACUCUUACACAGUGCAGAUAUUCUGCCGCAAAACGUUGUUCUAGGAACGGCUGUGAUCCGUGUAAUGAAUGUAGUUCCAGUUUUAUCUAUUGAGCAGUCUGUGUACCGUGUUGAUGAAGAAGAUGGUAAUGUGAGUAUCAGAGUAUCUGUUGUUGGAGAACGCACCACAGUUGUGAAUUUCAGCAUUGUAACUUCAAAUGAAAGUGCCACUGUUGGUGUUGACUAUUCGUCAUUAAUUACAUCCUUCAGUGUUCAGCCAGACGACAGGGAUGUUUUGUUCAAUAUUGAUAUAAUCGAUGAUGAUAUUGUUGAGAAGGAAGAAUUCUUGGAUCUUGGUAUACGUAGUGAAUCUGUUGGAGUUUUGGUGGAGAACAGAUAUACUCACAUUCGCAUUAGGGAUUUUGACAUUGCCAUUGUUCGAUUUAUGGAGACAAGCUACACUGUGCGGGAAGAUACCGGGCAAAUUGAGAUAUGUGUCGUCAUUGAUGGGAGAGUGGAUUUUGAUUUUACAGUGGGAUUGUCCACUGUUGAUGGCACUGCAGGUGAGGAAGAUUUUGAAGCUGUGUCUACAAUACUAACCUUUUCCCGAGAGGAGUCAGUAAAGUGUGUUGCAGUUUCAGUGAUCAAUGAUGCAGUGCUUGAGGAAACAGAACUCUUUCUCGUAACACUUACUUUGAGGAGUGACUCUAAUCAGAUUAAAUUCGACAAUUCCAUGACAACUGUAGAGAUCCUCAAUGUGUUCACACAAAAUGUGACAGUUGAAUUUGAAAGAACAUCUUUUGUUGUAUCGGAAAAUAAUCAAGUCACAAUUGUUAUUGCUGCCACUGGAAACUUUGAUGGUCCUAUAACCUUAAUGCUGGCUGUUUCUCCAGAAACUGAUGAUUAUACCCUUCAAACCCCCAGCACUAUUGAACCUACACUUUCCCAAUUUCCAAUUGAAGUUUUAAUCAGUAUUGUUGAUGACUGUAAAAAAGAAGGUAAUGAAACCUUCUUCUUAUCACUCACUUCACCCGGACAACUCGGAGUUACCAUAGUUAAUGAUAGAGCUUCCAUAACUGUACUGGAUCUUCCUGUAAAAUUUAAUGAUGAUGUUCUCCAGUUUUUGGAUCUGGGUUUUGUGACCUUUUUACCUCCGCAAGAUGAUUCCAUUUCAGAAGCUAUUUUGCCUCCAGAAGGGUUCAGAGCAUUUGGGCAGACCUACUCUAAUCUCUACGUAACUACAAAUGGAGUUAUAACUCUUGGUGUACCAGCUCUUGAAUGUUGCCCAGUGAGGUUUGAAGACAUACAUUUUGGCGCUGCAGCAUUUGUUUCCCCUUACUGGAUUGACAAUGACCCAUCUAUUGAAGGAAAUGUGUCUUAUUCAGUGGUUGUACGGGACAAUGAACUACUCCAAACUGUUAGCAAUUAUAUUGCACAGUCUCAAAGGAUCAGUUUUAAUGGGACAUGGAUGUUGAUUGCAUAUUGGCUGGAUGUACCUGAGGCAUUAUUAAAACAGCAAGUGAAUUCAUAUCAAGCAGUACUCAUCACAAAUGGGAUAAGAUCUUUUGCUGUGUUCAUCUACAAUUGUAAUAAAUUGGAUCCACAGUCAGUUGCUGGCAUUGGUUACUACUUUAAUGAAUCAGUGCAAAUGGAACACGUAUAUGCAAGUACCAGCAAUUCAUCACAAGUAGCAUGCGAAAACUACCCUUGUACACCCUGGAACUCUAUAGUUUAUCCUUUGUUUGAUGCUGUAUGUGAAGGACAAGUACGUUUGGCUGAUGAGGUUGUUCCUGGGGUAGGAAGAGUGGAGAUAUGUUUUAAUGAUGAGUGGGGAACUGUUUGUGAUGAUAACUGGGACAUAAACGAUGCUACUGUGGUCUGUAGACAACUUGGAUUCCCAUCUUCAUCACACACUGCAAUAGGAAGGGCGAUGUUUGGGGAAGGUGCAGGCACUAUUUGGCUGGAUGAAGUUGCUUGCAGUGGUACCGAGAGUGAAUUACAGGAUUGUGCUCAUAAUGGUGUAGGGAUUAAUAACUGUCGUCAUCGGGAAGAUGCAAGUGUUGCUUGUGUUUUUGAAUGUUCUAGUGGGACAGUGCGUUUGAGUGGAGGCAAUGCUACUGCAGGAAGAGUUGAAGUUUGCUACAAUAAUGUGUGGGGAACUAUAUGUGAUGACUCCUGGGAUGUAAAUGAUGCACGUGUCGUCUGUAACCAACUGAAUCUCCCAUCCUCAUCUGCCAUCCCAAUAAGAAAUGCUGGGUUUGGGGAGGGGGGUGGGGUGAUAUGGCUGGAUGAUGUAUCAUGUGCUGGAGAUGAAGAGUCUUUGCAGUCCUGUCCUAAUCUUGAAGUGGGAGUUCAUAACUGUGGUCAUGAUGAAGAUGCCGGUGUUGUUUGCGGUCAAGAACAAAUCACUGUUGGUUAUGAUCCUGCCACAUAUGUGACAACUGAAAGUGAUAGAAGCGUGACUCUCACAGUUAGGGUCUUCAGUCAUCCCGGUGGAGCUCCACAAUCUUUCACUCUUGUUGUCAACACUGAAGAUGGCACUGCAACUGUUGAUUAUGUACCAGUGGCUGGUGAGAUUAUACAGUUCAAUGCGGGAGAUAUCACUCAGACACAUACUAUUACCAUCAAUGAUGAUAAUGAUUGUGAGGAGAAUCCAAAUGAAAAUUUCUUCUCCAACUUUGUCCUGGACAGAGGCUUUCCUGAUGUCACUGUGACUGUGCCUCAAGCUACAGUCACUAUUGACGAUUCUGGUGAAAUAGAGUGUGAUCCGAUUGAAGUUGGCUACGAGUUCUCAGUCUACACCACUACUGAGGGAACUGGAGUUGUCACUCUGUGUACUGUUGUUAUAAACUUCCCUGGUGGCUCGCCAAGACCGUUCACUAUUAAUGCCACCACUGAAGAUGGAUCUGCUGUCUCUGGUUCUGACUAUGCUGGAGUAGUUGAUGUUCCACUGAUGUUUGAGGUGGGAGAUGAUCGUGUAUGCCACGAUGUCGUAAUCAUUGAUGGUGACGAUUGCGAGACACCUUUUGAAGACUUCUUCUCCAACUUGGAGUAUUACAGUGGGGAUAUGCCUAUCAUUAUCACAAGAGAUAGAACACAGGUCAUUAUCGAUGAUACUGCCGAGCCAGAGUGUGAACCAAUCACUGUUAGCUACGAUCCUGCCACAUAUACAACAACUGAAAGUGAUGGAAGUGUGACUCUCACAGUUAGGGUCUUCAGUCAUCCCGGUGGAGCUCCAAGACCUUUCACUGUUGUUGUCAACACACAAGAUGGCACUGCAACUGUUGCCGAUAGUGAUUAUGUACCAGUGGCUGGUGAGAUCAUACAGUUCAAUGCUGGAGAUGUCACUCAGACACAUACUAUUGCCAUCAAUGAUGAUGAUGAUUGUGAAGAGAAUCCAAAUGGGAAUUUCUUCUCCAACAUUGCCCUGGACAGAGGCUUUCCUGAUGUCACUGUGACUGUGCAUCAAGCUACAGUCACUAUUGACGAUUCUGGUGAAAUAGAGUGUGAUCCGAUUGAAGUUGGCUACGAGUUCUCAGUCUACACCACUACUGAGGGAACUGGAGUUGUCACUCUGUGUACUGUUGUUAUAAACUUCCCUGGUGGCUCGCCAAGACCGUUCACUAUUAAUGCCACCACUGAAGAUGGAUCUGCUGUCUCUGGUUCUGACUAUGCUGGAGUAGUUGAUGUUCCACUGAUGUUUGAAGUGGGAGAUGAUCGUGUAUGCCACGAUGUCGUAAUCAUUGAUGGUGACGAUUGCGAGACACCUUUUGAAGACUUCUUCUCCAACUUGGAGUAUUACAGUGGGGAUAUGCCUAUCAUUAUCACAAGAGAUAGAACAAGGGUCAAUAUCAAUGACACAGCUGAGCCUGAGUGUGUGAUACAGGUUGGCUAUGAAGAUGCAAGGUAUAGUGUGAAUGAAGGAGAUGGGGAAGUUGAGUUAUGUGUGACGACCCAAAGACCCGUCAUGCGUCCUUUUGUUAUUAUUUCUACUACUAUGGAUUUAUCCGCAGUCGCGCCAAUUGAUUAUGAUGGAGUGAUUUCUGAGCUUGUGUUCAACACUGGAGAUAGCCGUAUCUGUUACACAAUCUCUAUUGUUGAUGACGAUUUGUGUGAAGAACCUUCUGAGAACCUUUUAGCCCAGCUGCGGGUACAAAAUGAAAACGCCGUGGAAUAUCGACUUGAAUUCACUGAAGUGGUGAUUGAAGAUGAUGCUGAGCCAGAAUGUGCUGAUGUCACGUGUCCCAGUCUUCCGCAUCCAGCAAAUGGAGUGGUGUUGUUGACCAACCUCACAGAGGGCAGUCUGGCUACGUAUUUGUGUAAUGAGGGUUUUGGGUUAGCAGGAGAUCGAGGUAGAAUAUGCCAGAGUGAUGGGAUGUGGAGUGGUGAAGCACCAAUCUGUGUUGCCAGUGUACUUCAGUACUUAGACCUUGGUGAUGAUGUGGGAGGUCUACAUAUGGAGGAUAACAGGUCGGAUCCAAUAACGGUGCCUGGUCAGAUUCCAGUAUUUGGUCAGAGAUAUUCAACUUUGUAUGUUAUUGAAAAUGGUGUUAUAUUUUUUGGUAUGGUAACUGAUGAAUUUAGCCCUCAUGAGCUUUCUGCUGAUGAUUUUCCGUAUUCUGACACAAAGCCAUUUGUUGCCCCUUACUGGAUUGAAAACGAUCUGUCUCAGGGAGGAAAUGUGUCAUAUGGUGUUUUUACUGAAGACAGUACCCUCUUGAUUGAAGUCAGUGAUUUCAUAUCGCAAUCAGAAAGUGUUGAGUUUAGUGGAACAUGGAUGUUGGUUGCAUAUUGGAUUAAUGUUCCUUUCUUUGGCUCAAGUGAUGAGGAUGAAGUUUUAAGCAACACAUAUCAAGCAGUUGUUAUAACAGAUGGCUCUUCGACAUACACAGUUUUUACAUAUCUAUGUAAUGAUUUGGACAACACUACUCUCGGAGGACGCAUAGGCUAUUAUAAUGACAGCUGCAAUUUUGUAGAGGAUCCCUCCUCUUCAGCACAAAUGUCAUUUAUGGUAGCCUGUGAGAAUGAGGACAUUUCUCUAUGGAAUAACAUUGUAUACCACCUUACUCCAGAUGGUGAUUCUUUACAACUGUUGGACCUUGGAGUUACCAACGAUGUUAUACGGGUGUUUCUACCAAGUGCUAAUGAUGAACUCUCCGGGAAUAUUUCCUCUCCAUCAACAGGAUUUCCAUUAAUAGGGACCCGUGCUACAAGAUUCAAUGUACACACUAAUGGACUAAUUGUCAUCAAUGGUCAAGUUGAAUUGCUGAGUCCUAGGAUGUUCAGUAUGAUUGUAUCUGGAUCAUUUGUCGCUCCUUACUGGGUGGAUAAUGACCCCUCCAUGGGAGGAAGUGUGUCUUAUGAAGUCCAUGAAGGUGACAGUCCUUUGCUACGCAGGGUGAGCUGCAGCAUCUCUAGCCGUGAAGAUUUCGGAUUCAGUGGAACAUGGAUGCUUGUGGUGUACUGGUUCAACGUGCCACUAUUUGACACUACAAUGACAAGCACAUAUCAAGGAAUUUUGAUCACUGAUGGCAAUGAUUCUUACGCUGUGUUCAUUUAUGUAUGUGAGGGGCUAGCAGUUGAUGCAUCAGCCAGGAUUGGGUACUACCUAUCUCCAGAGGCCUUCACAGAGCACAGGUUGUCCGGCAGUCAACCUUCAAAUAUAGGCUGUGAAGAGCCAGUUGUUAUCUAUAAGUUGACCAAUUAAAACAUGAACGGUUUGUUUCAUGGACUAUGCUUUUGCAACUGAAUAAUAUGUUUCAAGAAUAAGUCUUUAAAAUGUAGCGCAGACUGGCAAAUGUGAUGCACAAUAAUGAUUCUCAAUACAUGUAAAGUGAAUACACACUCGGACCAGUCAAUCAACACAACUAGUCAGUCUUCCAUUGAAAACACUUCUGCAUCAGAUGCAUGAAAUUCUUUACUGUUGUUCACUUGGGAUGUCAAGUCUGGAUUUCGGACCUUUGGUGGUGCAGGUAGAGCGGGUUCCUCCUUGAGAAUGUCGGGAAUGAUAGCCAACCGUGAUGGUGGAGUUUUGGUGUAUGGAGAAUUCCGCAUGUCAAGCAAAAACUUGCGGUCAUAAAUGAUACGUGUACCUGCAAGGAUGUAAGUUUUAAGAGUUGUGCUGGUAAUGCUAAGCCCUCACAGACUUGGUAUAUAUAACCAUGAGCCCUAAUCUUAAAGUUGGUGGAUAUUUUUUAGGAAGAGUGUUCAUUACUUGCCAUUUAGGCGACAGAUUGAUCAAAGGGCGUUUCAGCAAGGUCAAGCUUUUGCAAGAUGUUUGAAAAGUAAUGGAGUAUCUGCAUGGGGCCAGUGACCCUGGGUCUAGAUUGAUGUAGAUCAGGAGAACAUCGGUCACCUAAGGAAGCUGACACAGAGGAAGGGAGGGAACAACGCCAUUUGCUGU